AUGGAGGACACCUUCGGCGCGUUCGCAAUGGCGAAGAUGGGAUGCGGCACUCGUGCUGUCUGGUCGCUCGUCGUCGAAUCCAGCCGUGAGUGA